UAUUCGGUAUAGUACUGUAGAAUAUUGUGGUGGAUCGGAAAAGAUAAUUUCCGAUAAGCAUCAGCAACUUCACCACCUCUCACUGUGGUCACUGGAAGACGACGAUCGGCUAACUGCGACGGAGGUCCAUGGGUCUAGCUGUUAAAUUGGGCUUUCCUCAACCUGCUUAUCCUCUGGUUCUUCCCGCCUCAACUUCCAAAGACAAAAGUAAAAAUUCAACAUUAAUUCAAUCAUCUCCAACAACCCAGAAACCCAAUGGAAGCAAAUUUCCGAGCUUAGUUUUUGUUGAUGAAACUCGGAAAAGGUUUCAAAUUCAACCCUUAAUUGAUAUCCUUUAUGGUUGUGAGGACAUGGGUUCUGUAGGAAAAGUUAAAUCUGUUCAUGGGUUGGUAUUAAAAUCCGAGCUUUCGGACAGGGACUUGCUGGUGGUGUUGAACCAUGUUGCCAAUGCCUAUUCGAAAUGCUUGGAUUUUGACACAGCUCGUCGAGUGUUUGAUGAAAUGCCGCUGAGGAACAUAUUCUCUUGGACAGUCAUGAUUGUUGGGUCGACAGAGAGUGGGUUGUUUCUUGAUGGGUUUAAGUUCUUUUGUGAUAUGGUGGUUAGUGGAAUUUUACCAGACAAGUUUGCGUAUUCAGCGGUUGUGCAGACAUGCAUUGGGUUAGAUUGUAUCGAAUUGGGCGAAAUGGUGCAUGCCCAGGUUGUUGUAAGAGGCUUUGCGUCUGAUACUUUUGUAAGUACAACUCUUCUUAACAUGUAUGCAAAGUUCGGAAUGGUUGAGAAUUCGUGUAGGAUGUUUAAUACCAUGACUGAACAUAAUAAAGUCUCCUGGAAUGCAAUGAUUUCAGGGUUAACAUCAAAUGGCCUUCAUUCUGAAGCAUUUGAUCAAUUUGUAAGAAUGCAGAAAGAAGGAAUUAAACCAAAUUUGUAUACACUCAUCAGUGUCUCGAAAGCAGUCGGGAAGUUAGGUAAUGUUGACAAGAGCAAAAUUGUUCACAGUUAUGCAUCUGGAUUGAGCAUGGAGCCUAGUGUUCUUGUGGGAACUGCUCUUAUCGAUAUGUACUCUAAAUGCAAGUCUGUGUCUGAUGCAAGAUCUGUUUUUGACUUGAAUUUCACCAGUUGUAAAACCAAUCCACCAUGGAAUGCAAUGAUAUCUGGUUAUUCACAGUCAGGUCACAGCCAAGAAGCAUUGGAGCUCUUUGUGAGAAUGUGCGUAAACAAUAUACAACCAGACAAAUACACUUACUGCAGUGUCUUCAAUGCAAUAGCUGCUUUGAAAUGUUUGCGUUUGGGAAAGGAAAUUCAUGGGAUGGUUUUGAAGUCUGGGGUGGAAAUGAAGGUUACAAGCAUCUCCAAUGCAAUUGCCAAUGCAUAUGCCAAAUGUGGGUUGCUCAAAGACGUACAGAAGGUCUUUGACAGGAUAGAAGAGAGAGAUUUAGUGUCUUGGACAACACUGGUGACUGCUUGUUCACAAUGUUUUGAAUGGGAGGAUGCACUGAUAGUCUUCUCAAAGUUGAGAGAAGAAGGCUUUACACCGAACGAGUUUACCAUUUCUAGUGUGCUUGUUGCAUGUGCCAGCCUUUGUUUCCUGGAGUAUGGUCAGCAAGUCCAUGGCCUCCUUUGCAAGGCUGGCUUGGACUCGGAAAAGUGUAUAGAAAGUGCUCUAAUUGAUAUGUAUGCCAAGUGCGGUAAUAUAGACGAGGCGCAAGAGGUCUUUGAGAGGAUUUCUGAACCAGAUACAGUGUCGUGGACUGCUAUUAUAUCAGGCUAUGCUCAACAUGGGCUUGUGGAGGAUGCUCUUGAACUCUUUAAGAGAAUGGAGCAGAUGGGUGUGAAGGCCAAUGAUGUGACGCUAUUGUGUGUUCUGUUUGCAUGCAGCCACCGUGGUAUGGUAGAUGAAGGCCACUAUCUUUUUCAUCAAAUGGAAAAAUCAUAUGGGGUGGUGCCAAAGAUGGAACAUUAUGCUUGUAUUGUUGAUCUCUUAGGUCGUGUAGGCCGUCUUAAUGAUGCAAUGGAGUUCAUAGAAAGAAUGCCAAUUGAGCCCGACGAAAUGGUUUGGCAGACUUUGUUGGGAGCAUGUAGGGUACAUGAAAAUGUUGAGUUGGGGGAGAUUGCAGCUGAGAAGAUUCUUUCGGUUACACCAGAAUCCUCAGCUACCUAUGUUCUUCUGUACAACACCUAUAUCAGGACAGGGAGUUAUGAAGAUGGACUUAGUCUGAGAGAUGUGAUGAAAGACCGAGGCGUGAAAAAGGAACCAGGUUGUAGUUGGAUUUCUGUGAAUGGUAGAAUCCACAAAUUUUAUGCAGGGGAUCAACGACAUCCAGAAAAGCAUGAUAUUUAUGCAAAUUUAGAAGAGCUGAGAGCGAAGCUUAAAUCCAUGGGUUACAUUCCAGAUUUGCGUAAUGUAUUGCAAGAUGUGAAUUUGGUAGAAAAAAGGGGGAUGCAUGGAUGAGCUUGCUGAAUAGAAAAGAUUAAUGUCAACAAUUUGUUCAAUAUUUCUUGUAUAACCAUGUCAAGUAGGGGGACAAAAUGUUCAGGUCUGGUGUAUAUGAUCAACAUAAAGAGAAGUGGCAGCAUCUAAGAGUAAAUGAAUCUUUGGAUGAUAAAACUCCAAGGGCGGAACUGCCAUGUACAUUCGAUAGCAUCAAGGUACAUACAGGCUACAGAUGAGAAACCCACAAAGUUCAUGUUGCCACAUUGGUUCAAUGAACUUGUGAAAGAAUGUUGAUCUCAUUGACUGACAACAAAAUAUCAUUGUGCAAUCGACUCUGGUGGAUUUUUGGCUUCUUUGAUCACAGAGUUUUUUCGGGCACAUGCGGUGUUCUCAAGAGGCUGUGUAUAGGGUGAAGUGGCAGAAUUGACUUGAGUUCAUUAUUAAGGACCCUGGGGCUCACAACUAUUCAACAACACCCACCGAUACAAAGGUAUUGAACUGUAUGGCUGCACCGGAUUUCAUACUCCGUGUUAAGAGGUGCAGGGGAAGAGGGUAUGAAACCGUUACAUGCAAGUCUUUCUCCCAACUUUGAGGAAAACCAAGUGGAAAUCCUAUUCUGAAGUCAGGCUAUUCAACUCAUCGUGUUUUGGGUUUCCACACAUUCUGAUUGAUAUAGUGAGGUCACUAAUCAGCUUUGUUUUAUGUAAUGAGCUGAUGAAAGGAUGUUGGCUACUUUUCCUAAAGUGUGUUAAAUGGGGAUGGGACAUAUUUUGUCUACACUAUACAUUUACUGAAGGAAUUCACAUCACAUAUCAUUGCGGGUUCAAUCAUUCAUAAUCCAUGUUCAAAAUUCUGUGCCUUGUCCAGUAUAUCUAGAGGAUAUAAGGCUUUUUAACUGAAUAAAAGCAAGGAAAGUGUACACUUCCUUUCACUCAAUAAAUCUUAUUGUUUUGGAGUUU